AACGUGUGUUGGAGAUUCUCGCUGCUCGACUUCUUAACACACGAAAAUUUUUCUACCGAUGUUAGUGAUCUAAGAAGGCGGCGUGGCGUUCGCUAAAACAAUCUUUUUAUCGGAGUUCUUUAUCUAGAAACCUCAACCGAUAUUUUUCCCCCCCAAAAUACCCAGUCCAGUUCUUACGUGUUCCUGUGUUGAGUGUGGAAUUUGUGUUUGUUAUGUUGAACGCUAUGAACAAUAAUUGUGAUACUUCGCCGCCUUUGGAUAUCAAGAAUAAUAAAUACGUUUAUGUCGAGGAUUAUGUCAGCGUGUUGAGAGACGAAAGAGAAAGCGUUCAGAAGAAAACAUUUCAAAAAUGGGUGAAUUCACACUUGGUACGAGUAAACUCACGCAUCACAGAUUUAUAUACAGACCUACGAGACGGAAAAAAUCUAAUAAAACUUUUGGAAGUCCUUUCUGGUGAACGACUGCCAAGGCCAACCAAAGGAAAGAUGAGAAUUCACUGCCUGGAAAAUGUAGAUAAAGCGUUACAGUUUUUAAAAGAACAGCGUGUACAUUUAGAAAAUAUGGGAUCACACGAUAUUGUUGAUGGCAAUCCAAGAUUGUCUCUUGGAUUGAUAUGGACUAUCAUCCUAAGAUUCCAGAUACAAGACAUCACUAUUGAAGAGACAGAUAAUCAGGAAACAAAGUCUGCCAAGGAUGCAUUGUUGUUAUGGUGUCAAAUGAAGACUGCUGGUUACCAUAAUGUAAAUGUCCGCAACUUCACAACAUCGUGGAGAGAUGGUUUAGCUUUUAACGCUUUAAUACAUAAGCACAGACCUGAUCUCAUUCAGUUUGAAAAAUUAUCAAAAGCAACACCUAUCCAAAAUUUGAAUAAUGCAUUUAAUGUCGCUGAAGAUAAAUUAGGUUUGAUCAAAUUAUUGGACGCUGAAGAUUGUUAUGUGGACCAACCCGAUGAGAAAUCUAUCAUUACAUAUGUGGUCACGUAUUAUCAUUACUUUAGUAAAAUGAAACAAGAAACAGUACAAGGUAAAAGAAUCGGUAAAGUGGUCGGAAUAGCCAUGGAGAAUGAUCGAUUGAUAAAGGAAUAUGAGACGUUGACAAGUGAACUAUUGAAAUGGAUCGAAGACACCAUUACAGCUCUCGGGGACAGGAAGUUUGAGAACAGUUUAGUUGGUGUUCAACAGCAACUUGGACAAUUCAAUAAUUACAGAACUGUAGAAAAACCACCUAAAUUUGUUGAGAAAGGAAACCUAGAAAUUUUGCUUUUCACCUUACAAUCGAAAAUGAGAGCAAACAACCAGAAACCUUACACACCGAAAGAGGGCAAAAUGAUUUCGGACAUCAAUAAAGCUUGGGAGAGGUUAGAAAAGGCUGAACAUGAGCGGGAGCUCGCCUUACGAGAGGAAUUGAUUCGCCAAGAAAAACUCGAACAACUCGCAGCUAGAUUUAAUAGGAAGGCUAGCAUGAGGGAGACCUGGUUGUCUGAAAAUCAACGCCUUGUUUCUCAAGACAACUUUGGUCACGAUUUGGCAGCAGUUGAAGCAGCGGCAAAGAAACAUGAGGCUAUUGAGACUGAUAUUUUGGCCUAUGAGGAGAGAGUCCAAGCAGUAGUUGCCGUUGCUGGUGAACUCAAGGCUGAGAACUAUCAUGAUAUGGAAAGAAUUAAUUCUAGGAAAGAAAAUGUGUUACGCCUAUGGAAUUACCUUUUGGAAUUGCUUAGAGCCCGUAGACAUAGGCUAGAAUUAUCUUUACAUUUACAGCAGACAUUCCAAGAAAUGAUUCAUAUAUUAGAUGCCAUGGAGGAAUUGAAAGCUCGUCUGCUUACCGAUGACUACGGUAAACACCUUAUGGGUGUUGAAGAUUUACUGCAAAAACAUAAUCUCCUUGAAGCUGAUAUCAAUAUUCUGGGAGACCGCGUUAAAUUGGUCGGUGGUCAGUCUCAGAAAUUCGUUGACGUGGAAGUUGAAGAAGGGUACAAACCUUGCGAUCCAGCUCUGGUUUCAGAAAGAGUGCAACAAUUGCAAGAUGCCUAUAAUGAGCUGGUAAGACUGGCUGUUGAAAGAAGAUCUAGGCUUGAAGAAAGCAGAAAAUUAUGGCAGUUCUAUUGGGAUAUGGCCGAUGAGGAUAACUGGAUCAAGGAAAAAGAACAGAUUGUAUCUACAGCAGAUGUCGGGCACGAUCUGACAACUGUCAAUCUGCUCCUUAGCAAACACAAGGCCUUGGAGAAUGAAAUAUCAGCUCAUGAGCCACAAUUGGAAGCUGUACUUGGUAUUGGUGACGAGUUGGUCAGUACUGGUCACUUUGGUGCCGAGAAAGUACAAGAACGUCUCAAUGAAAUAAGGUCCGCCUGGAAACAUUUAAUCGAUUUGGCAGCCUUUAGAAGGAAACGUCUAGAGGAGGCUGUAGAUUAUCAUCAACUCUUCGCUGAUGCAGAUGAUAUUGAUAUUUGGAUGCUGGAUACUUUGAGGUUAGUUUCAAGUGAAGAUGUCGGAAGAGAUGAAGGCAAUGCACAGUCUCUCCUCAAGAAGCACAAAGACGUUACAGAGGAACUUAAAAAUUACUCCAGCACAAUUGAGGCUCUUCAUCAACAAGCUGACCAACUUGGUCCUGAAGUGGCCAAUUCUGAGGAGGUUGCUCAAAGGUUGGCUUCCAUUGAUAAUAGGUACAAAGAGCUCUUGGAAUUGGCUAAACUACGCAAACAAAGACUUCUUGAUGCUUUAUCCUUGUAUAAACUACUGUCUGAGAGUGACGGAGUGGAGCAAUGGAUUAACGAGAAGGAUAGAAUGUUACAAACUAUGGUACCUGCAAGAGAUAUUGAAGAUGUUGAGAUCAUGAAACACAGAUACGACGGUUUCGAGAAAGAAAUGAACGCAAACGCUUCCAGAGUCGCUGUAGUUAACCAGUUGGCUCGUCAACUUCUUCACGUGGAACACCCAGAUUCCGAGCAGAUAACUGCUCGUCAGAAUCAGCUCAACCAGAAAUGGGCGGAGCUUCGUGAAAAGGCUGAGGCUAAGAGGGACGAACUUAACUCCGCCCACGGCUUGCAGACCUUCCACAUCGAAUGUAGAGAGACUGUAUCAUGGAUCGAGGAUAAGAUCCGAAUCAUCACGACAACUGAUAGUUUGGAGAUGGACUUAACUGGUAUAAUGACUUUGCAAAGACGACUGAGUGGAAUGGAAAGGGACUUGGCAGCUAUACAGGCGAAAUUGAAUUCUCUGGAGAAGGAGGCCGAUAGCAUUGAAAAAGAACAUCCUGAAGAGGCUGCAGUCAUCAGGGAAAGAAUUGCACAGAUUCAAAUAAUCUGGGAACGCCUCACUCUCAUGCUCAAAGAAAGAGAUGCCAAACUCGAAGAAGCAGGAGAUCUACAUAGAUUCCUCAGAGAUCUAGACCAUUUCCAAGCUUGGCUCACCAAGACACAAACAGAUAUUGCUUCCGAAGAUACCCCAAGUUCUCUUGCCGAGGCUGAAAAGCUGCUAUCUCAGCACCAGAGUAUAAGGGACGAAAUUGAUAAUUAUACUGAUGAUUACAACAAGAUGAUGGAAUAUGGAGAGAAGCUCACUGCCGAUCCAAGUACUCAGGACGAUCCACAAUACAUGUUCUUGAGAGAAAGACUGAAGGCACUGAAAGAUGGCUGGGCAGAGAUUCAGCAGAUGUGGGAGAACAGACAACAACUACUGUCUCAAUCUCUUAGUCUGCAAUUGUUGAAUAGGGACGCCAAGCAAGCAGAAGUGAUUCUUAAUCAACAAGAGAAUGCUUUGAGCAAAGACGAACCACCAACCACACUUGAGCAAGCUGAAAAUCUGCUCAAGAAACACGAAGCUUUCUUGACCACAAUGGAAGCCAAUGAUGAAAAGAUAAAUACUGUGGUUUUGUUCGCCAAGAAGUUACAGGACGAUGGACAUUUUGCUGCAGAUAAGAUCGGAAAGAGGGCAGAUGUAAUUGAUGAAAGGCGUACAAUCAAUAGAGAAAAGGCCAUGGCACUAACUGAAAAACUGCGUGACCAACUAGAACUUCAACAAUACCUCAGAGAUUGCGAUGAACUUGGCGAAUGGAUACAGGAAAAACAUAUCACGGCUCAAGAUGAAACCUACAGGUCUGCCAAAACUGUCCAUUCAAAAUGGACACGUCAUCAGGCCUUCGAAGCAGAGAUUGCGGCUAAUAAAGAACGUCUUCAUAACCUCGAAAAAGCUGGAGAGGAAUUGGCCAAGGAAAAACCGGAGUUCGCCAAUGUUAUUCAACCUAAAAUGGAGGAAUUGACAGAUCAGUUUGACGUUUUAGAGUCAACCACCAAAGAAAAAGGCGAGCGCUUGUUUGAUGCCAAUAGGGAGGUCCUCAUACAUCAAACUUGUGAUGAUAUCGAUUCCUGGAUGAACGAACUCGAAAAACAAAUCGAAAGCGAUGACACGGGCACCGAUCUGGCGUCUGUCAAUAUUAUGAUGCAAAAACAUCAGAUGAUAGAGACCCAAAUGGCAGUUAAAGCCAGACAAGUUACGGAAUUAGAAAAACAAACUCAACAUCUUGAAACCAAAGCUCCGGAAAAGAACAUGGAGGAAAUUAAAAUGAAGAAGACGCAGGUUGAGCAGAGAUUCCAGCAAUUGAAACAACCGCUCAUCGAAAGGCAAAGAGUUUUGGAGAAGAAGAAGGAGGCACUUCAGUUCAGAAGGGACGUUGAAGAUGAACUUCUUUGGAUUGCGGAGAAGAUGCCUCAGGCAACUUCGACCGAAUGCGGUAAUAGCUUGUUCCAAGUGAAUAUGAUGGAGAAGAAGAAUCAAUCUUUGAGGACAGAAAUCGAUAACCAUGAGCCAAGGAUAAACACCGUGUCAAAUAAUGGUCAGAAAUUGAUCGAUGAAGGUCAUGAAGAUGCCUCAGAAUUCAGUCGAUUGAUUGGAGAACUCCACAAAGCUUGGCAAGAAUUGAAGGAUGCAGUUGAAAGCAGAAAAGAAAAUCUACUGCGUAACGAAAGGGCGCAGCAGUACUUGUUCGAUGCCAAUGAGGCUGAGAGUUGGAUGAGCGAACAAGAGCUCUAUAUGAUGGUAGAAGAUAGGGGUAAGGAUGAAACAUCAGCGAGAAACUUCAUGAAAAAACAUGAAAGUUUGGAAGCGGCAGUUGAGGCAUUUGCAGACACCAUUAGAAGUUUAGGUGAAACUGUUAGAUCGCUGGCUGCCGAAGGCCAUCCUUUGGCAGAACAAGUGGCUGUCAAACAGUCCCAAUUGGACAAACUUUAUGCUGGUCUUAAGGAUUUGGCGGGUGAACGAAGAGCUAAGCUCGAUGAAGCUUUGCAACUCUUCCUUCUAAACAGGGACGUAGGGGACUUGGAACAGUGGAUCGCCGACAGAGAAGUUGUUGCAAGUUCUCACGAGCUCGGCCAAGACUACGACCAUGUCACUUUGCUUUGGGAGCGCUUCAAAGAAUUCGCCAAAGACACAGAAACCAUCGGUUCAGAGAGGGUAGCAGCAGUGAAUGAAAUAGCCGAUCAACUGAUCGCUUCUGGCCAUUCCGAUUCAGCUACCAUCGCUGAGUGGAAAGAUGGAUUGAACGAGGGCUGGCAAGACCUUUUAGAAUUGAUCGAGACCAGGACACAAAUGUUGGCAGCCUCGAGAGAGCUGCAUAAGUUCUUCCAUGAUUGUAAAGACAUACUAGGCAGGAUAAUCGAGAAACAAGUAGCUAUAUCUGAUGAACUGGGCAGGGAUGCUGGAUCUGUGAACGCUUUACAGAGGAAGCAUUUGAACUUCAUACAAGACCUCCAAACACUCCAAUCUCAGGUUCAACAAAUUCAAGAAGAAUCUGCGAAAUUGCAAGCCAGUUACGCAGGAGACAGAGCUAAAGAAAUCACCAAUAGAGAGCAAGAAGUCGUUGCUGCAUGGGCUGCCUUACAAGCUGCUUGUGAUCAAAGGAAAGGAAAAUUGGCAGAUACUGGCGAUCUAUUUAAAUUCUUCAACCUUGUAAGGACUUUGAUGCAAUGGAUGGAUGAUGUCAUCAGACAAAUGAACACCAGCGAAAAACCAAGGGAUGUGAGUGGUGUAGAACUUUUGAUGAAUAAUCAUCAGAGUUUGAAGGCUGAAAUAGAUGCAAGGGACGAUAAUUUCACAUCGUGCAUAUCCUUGGGUAAAGAACUGUUGAACAGAAAUCAUUAUGCUAGUUCUGAAAUCAAAGACAAACUGGUUGCCUUGAGCAAUCACAGAAAUUCAGUUCUACAGAGGUGGGAGGAAAGAUGGGAGAACUUGCAACUUAUCCUAGAGGUCUAUCAAUUUGCAAGAGAUGCAGCUGUUGCCGAAGCGUGGUUGAUAGCCCAAGAACCAUAUUUGAUGAGCACAGAAUUGGGACACAAUAUUGAUGAUGUUGAAAAUCUCAUCAAGAAACAUGAGGCGUUCGAGAAAUCUGCCGCAGCUCAGGAAGAAAGAUUCAGUGCAUUGGAAAGAUUAACUACUUUAGAAAAAUGUGGUGUUGGCUAUAAAAAUGGAAUGGAAACAUUGCAUGAACCAGAUUUGCACGAUUGUGAUUUUACACCUAUCUACCCUACCGUUGUCAUUCCAAAGCCCAUUGAUUAUCGUGACCUAAAACCAUCUUAUGUUGCUGAAUUAAUAAAAAAUCUGGUCAGAGGUCAAGAUAAAUUCUAUAAUACCAAAGUUAGAUGUAGAAGACGAUUUAGUAUAACAGCAGGGACAGUCAAAUAUUACCCAGAUUAUAGCAAACCACCUAAUAGACAAAUAAGUUUUCUUCAUCACAAAAACAAACGCAUUAUUCCAAUGAACACCUCAUUCGAAAAUCAGAUAAGAAAUAUAGAUCUUCGGAAGAACAUCAAAACCCCAAUAAAAAAUUUCAAUCGUUCAUUCUCAAUGCACGAAUUCAAUUUGUCCCCAAAAUCGUAUAGGGAAAGUUUCAAUCCUGCUGUAGUACCUAAAAAGCGAGUCUCCUUUUUGAAUGAAAACGACGAUGACCAUAAAUUAGUUACUCAAGAUUUUCUAUUAGCAGAAAAGUAUUCCAAUUUCGUUGAGAAUGCAGAUAAUAAUAGAGUUUUUAAUGGUGUGAAUUAUUCAAAUCAGAUUAAAAGAAAUAAUUCAUCAAAUAAGGUGGUUUUAAGGGAAAGAAAAAUGAAUAUGAGUAUUGGGUUAAAACGUAUGUCCUUACCAAUAAUGUCUAAACCGAACUCGUUUGAAUUGAGAGAAAUGAAGAGAAAACAAGAAGCCCAAGAAAAAGCGGAAGCUGAGGAACGAGCUAGAAGAGAAGCAGAAGAGGCUGAGAGGAGAGCUCAAAGGAUAGCUGAAGAAGCUGCGGCAGCAGCGUCGACAGACAAGCCAGAUGCUGGCCCAUCUGCCACUGAAGAAAAGACAGUGCAUGGAGCCCAGCACCUAGAGGCAACACGUAGUAAUCCAAGGACCCCAAAAAUACAAACCCCUGAGCCUAGUAGUAUUGCUAGUAAGGUCCAAAAACCUAGUCCUGCACCAAGAUCUGAAGAGAAACCAACCAAGCGAAAGGACCGCUCAAGAAGCAAGUCCCCCUUCCGCAGUUUUAGAUGGAAGAAGGGUUCUUCUAAGAGCUCGGGGGCAGUAAGUGAUGAUGAAGCUGCCAUAACCACACCAGAACGUGGCAGUCCUACAGAUGAUGACAAUGUAGAAGGCAGUCUUGUACGAAAACACGAAUGGGAAAAUACCACAACCAAGGCCACUAAUAGGUCUUGGGAUAAGGUGUAUGUGAUGCUUCGUGGUACACAGGUAUCCUUCUACAAAGACGCAAAAACAGCUCACUCUUCUGCUGAUCAAACCUUCAAAGGGGAAGCUCCUUUAUCCUUGCAUAAGGCCAAGGCUAGCCGAGCAGAUGAUUAUAAAAAGAAGAAACAUGUGUUCCGAUUGAAAUUGGACAGUGGAGCAGAAUUCUUAUUCCACGCACAGAAUGAUACAGAAAUGAAUAUGUGGAUAUCAAAGAUCAAUAGUAGAGCAGAUGCAGAUUCAGCAGGUCCAUCACGUUCUCAAACAUUACCGGCUUCUGCUCAAAAAGAGGAUUCCAAAAGACGCAGCUUCUUUACUCUCAAAAAAACGUAAAUUCUGGUCUAUUCCAAUGAUAUUCUUACCUGUAAGCUUUACCUGAUCAGACUGAACGAAAAAUCAGUCCCUUUCACAUAUUAUUUUGAAUUUAGCCUACAUUCUUUUCUACUGUAGAAUGCACAGACUAGGAAAAAUUUCUGAGGAGGAAAAUCAAGAUGAAAAGAGUUGAAUUUCAAUUAUCCUGACUUGUUGAGUAAAAUUUUUGACUGGAGCACAAAAAAUGUUAUACUAAAAUAUUACAUGAUGACGUAAUUUUUAGAUUGUUACAAAAAAGUGUAUAUCAAUAAUUGAAUUCAGAAUUUUUAGUUCAACUCUGCAAAUUUAAGCAGAAUUCUUUGGAAAAAACAAUUUUAACAUAAGAUUCCUUCGACCCCCUUGUAUGUUCAGAUAAGAAUAAUUAUUAUUGUAUGUAAAUCAGUAUAUUUGCAAAUUGUUCAGCCGCUGUGUUCGUUUGAAUGUUAAUUUUUUUGUUUUGUUGCAAUAAAUAAUUCUAUUUCAAAAAUAGCUUUUGCUUAUCGAAGAUAAGGAUGAAGUCUUUAUACAUAUAUAUAUUUAUAUUAUUUGUAAUAAUUUCAAAAGUUUAGUAAUAUAUUUUACAUAAAAAAUGUGUGCUUUUAAAAAUAAAGUUAUAAAUAAAUAUUGUUUUUAGUA